AUGUCGGCACCGCGCCUCUUCAUCAUUCGCCAUGGCGAGACCGAGUGGUCCCUCAACGGCCGCCAUACAGGAACCAGCGAUAUUCCCUUGACGGCGAAUGGUGAGAAGCGGAUUCGCGCGACCGGCCAUGCCAUGGUCGGCCGCGAUCGUCUGAUUGUUCCCAAGACCCUGGCACACAUCUACGUCUCGCCCCGCAAGCGCGCACAGCGCACGUUUGAGCUCCUCAACUUGGGUCUGAACGAACCCCUGCCAUGGCAGCAGCACGGCGACAUCGACGAGGCGGACAGCAGCCGGGCGUGCAACGCGCGCGUGGAGGUGACGGAGGCGGUGCGCGAGUGGGACUAUGGCGAGUACGAAGGCAUCACGUCCAAGGAGAUCCGGGCGCAGCGGGCGGCGCAGGGCAUCGAGGGCCGGUGGGACAUUUGGAAGGACGGAUGCCCCGGUGGCGAGUCGCCGGACGACAUUACGGCGCGGCUGGACCGGCUGAUUGCCGAGAUUCGGGAAAAGUACCAUGUGCCUGCCCUCGACGCUAAGAACUCAAAGGACCUAAAGGACCCAAAAGACCCAACGAUCGACAAGAAAGAGGCUUCCGCACCAAAAGGUGACGUCCUGAUUGUGGCCCACGGACACAUUCUGCGGGCGCUGGCCCUGCGAUGGGCGGGCGCCGCACUACAAGAUGGGCCGACGUUCCUGCUCGAGGCCGGCGGCGUUGGCACGUUGAGCUACGAGCACAACAGCAUCGACGAGCCUGCGAUUCUCCUUGGCGGCGCUUUCACGGUCGGCGAUGACGAGCUGGAAAAGGCCUAG